UAAAAAUGGCGUCUAGUUGCAAGGGUGUCGAAAAAAACCUCGAAGGGGAACUGCAGUCGCAGUCACAUUCCAACUUUUCAGAUCUUCGACUGUCCGACUGCAAAUGUCCGAUUUGCAUGAGCAUCCUUAUUGAGCCUGUUCGAAUGCCUUGCAAUCAUGAACUAUGCAUGCCGUGUUUUCGUCAGAAUGUCGAGGAAGCAAACUUUACUUGUCCGAUGUGUCGUCUGCGGAUAAGUAACUGGGCCAGGCGUUGUGUCAGAGAAAACAAACUUGUUGAUGAACGAAGGUGGAGGCAAAUAAGGGAGGCGUUCCCCGCCCAGUGUCAGCGGAGAUUGGCAGGGGAGGACGAAGAAGAAGAAGAGGAAGAAGUGUUGGAUAUUAUACCAGGAAAAAGGAUUUGUGAACCAGGAGCAAUAAAGCAAGAGUACAAAGAAGCUGUUGAGAAGCUGAAAUGUGAGCGCCAGCAGAUGGCGGAGAUUGAGGUACAGAAGAGUGAAGAAUACAUUGCCUGGUUACAGAGGGAAGAAGUGCGACUGUAUGAAGAGCAACAGAAUAAGUUGGCGCAGCAGCAGCAACUUGACGAGGAACUUGCUCGGAAGAUGUCCACAGGAGUGGCAAGCCCAAUAGAGGAGAUUCGUACCCGCACACUGCAAGAGCAAACAUUAAAGGACGAAGAGUAUGCAAGGAAGCUACAAAAGGAAGCCUUAAAGAUUUCUGAGGCAGUGUCUUCUCCAAAUACCACCACCAUUAUCUCCAAGAAAUUUUCUCGUAACUCAUCAAGUAAUGGCAAUACCAGUACCUCCUCUUCCAUCAAGUGCCUUCGAAUUGAUAAGUUCCUCUCUCCAUGCGCUAAGCAAGCAUCCCCUCAGAUACAACAUACUUCCAAAGCAUCUUCAUCAAAAUCUUUGAACAAUAAUUCUUCCCCAGAUUUGAGCAUGUUGUCAUCCUCAAGUCACAGGGCGUCUAGUAGUUCAUCUGUUUCAAGCAUUAGUUUAGAUUUUGAUAAACCGUCUACAUCUAAAGGAGUUACUAAGGAACCUGUGUUGUUUGGCGACCCGCCAUGGGGUGAUAGGAGCUCAAGUGAAUGUGUUCUUGAAAUUGUUGCGGAUCCAACGAGCCCCACUGUCUCUUACCCAAGCCCAAGUAUUGAUGAAAGCCUCAAGAGUUUGAAAGAUUGUUUGCUUAAUCCAGAAUAUGUCUUAGAUACCCAGGGGAUUCAGAAAGACGAGAGGGAUAAUAAGAAAGAGAGUGCCUUUGAAAGUGUUAAGAUUAAAUCCAUGGAAGCAGAAGGCGAUGAUUCUAAGACCUUGAGGAAGCGAUCAGACAGUAUGACCAGCACAGACAGCAUCUCCCCAGAACUCAACCACUUUAGGCCCAUUGAAAUCUCACCACGGACAUCACACCGUAGACUUGCGAAUGGGCGACGGGAGUCACCAAAAGUUGUACAUACCACUCCUCGGAAUCUAACCAAUCUAUCUCAAGAUGAGCCAAUCGGAGACACAAGCUUACCUCCUCUAGUCAAGGCAAAGUUUGACAGUCUACUCAAGGAGAAGAAGAAGAAGUUAGGAGAUUCUUCCAAGAGCACCAUGACCGGUAAAGGUUUCCAAGGAAGAACUAGCAUGUUAAUGAGGCAGGAACUUAACAGACGCCUCCAUCACAAACCAUCGGGAAACAGGCAUACAUUACUGAAUUCAGCAACCCAGAGGCAACUCACUAAACCAGAAAAGUCUCCUCUUGCAGAAGGCCGAGUUGGAGGGAAGACAAGUAACAAACACGAAUCCAAACAGAAGGUUUCUCUUACAAGAAAAAACUAUUUCCAUAAAGGUUCAAGAAAUAACUUAAAAGAAGCAGAUAGAGAUUCUGAUGAUGUGAUAAUGACAGACUUGGAUGAAGAGAGCCAGAAAAUAAGUGCCACAGAAAACAACUUAAAUAUAGAAGCAGUGAAUGUGAGGAAAAGGGAAAGUCCAGUUCAGCUUGAAAUUCCAGUGCAACGAUUGGAAAUGAGUUCCAGGGAGAAACGAAAGAGUUGUAGCCCUCAACUGCAAAGAAAGAAACUAAGACUUGAAGAUGAUAGUUCUCUUAAGAAUCUGAAUGAAACCAAGGGUGGCAGUGGAGACUCUGAGAAUACUUCUGAUCCAAAGAAAAGUCCUGGAAAGGUUUAUCAAAUGAAGAUGAACCAGCCGAAGCCAAAACAAUCCACCAUUAAGAAGUUAUUCAGCAGUAAGGACGUGGAACCAGAACAAAAUCAUUCAGUUUCCCCAAAGAGAUGGAAAGUGCCGUCUAGAAGCAGUCAGAGUCCACCCUUGCCCUCCCUGGUGCCAAGCCCUCAUCACAAUAAACUCAAAACAAACACGAAGGAAACAUCAACAUCCGACAAAAGUCACUCAGAAAACUGCCAAGAAAAUAUCGCCAGGUUCGAAAGAGACAGACACAAAGUUGGUAUCCUAACCCCCGACAAAGGCAUCUUGAUGGACGCUAAACAAGAUUCCAAUCAGGAGAAGAAUGGCCACUUGGUGAAAUCAGUUGCUCCCAUCGACUCCGAAGGAAAAAACACUAAUUCCCCAGAGGCAUUCAAGACGAACUCAAAGUAUUCAACCACAAAAUCUAAAUCCAAACUGAAAGAUCCUCCCUCGCCUCAAGGCAAUGAUCGGCAGAAAACUUCAAGUCCGAAGGUCCUUCAGAAGACGCCAUCCAAGACGCGUCGAAACACUAUCUGGAAGUACAUGGAGUUAGUCAGUGAGGAAGAGAGAAGAAUACAACAGGAAGAGGAAGAUCGAAAGCUUGCGUUGAAACUCCAGGAGGAAUUUGACAAACAAGAAAGACGACAGAUGUCCAUGGUGGAUAGAUCACAGGGUGCAGAAUCUGCGUACGAGCUGAGGGACAGGCGCACGGCUUCAGCAAAGAAAGUAACGGUAGAUGUAGAUAGUGACGACGAUAUAUUUGAUUGAUGUUGAUGAUAAGAGUCUCAGGUCUUAUUCUUUAGGAGACAAGGAAAUCGUGCUCUUGAAAGUCACAGUUACAGGUAUCUGAGAUUUAAAGGCACUGGAUACAAUUUAGUCAAAAUCAUUGUUAGCAUACAAACCUACUUAGUAAUGAGCA